AUGGGCAACGAAACGAUUGCGCCGGAUCCGGACUUAUAUUCCAGCCAACCAACUUAUUACCCCGAUGACUGGCAAUCAUACCAAACUCUCAGCGACAAGGAAUAUCCCAUUCCCUCCGAUGAUCAAAUGUUUGAGACUUAUGAGGCCGGUCAUUUGGUCGCCAUUGCUCUAGAUUCGGAUAGGGAGAAUCCACUAUUUCGAUCGCCAGUAGGAUCUCAACCCAAGCACAUCCUCGAUAUUGGAACCGGCAAGGGUAAUUGGGCUAUUGAUGUCGCGGAUAUGUUCCCUGGCGCGACCGUUCGCGGUGUCGAUCUCUUCCCGCCUCCCGUUACUUGGAUGCCUCCGAAUUGUGUCUUGGAAGUCGACAACGUCCUCAGUGACUGGACCUGGCGAGAGCCCUUCGACUUGAUCCACAUGCGAAUUUUGAUCGGCUCCUUCGACCCCGCAGAAUGGGACCGAGUCUAUAAGACAUGCUAUGACAACCUACGCCCAGGAGCCUGGAUCGAACAGAUCGAAGCUAGUCCCUACAUUGAAUGUGACGAUGGGAGUUUGCCACCUGACAAUGUUCUCUGUACCUGGGGCCCUAAUGUUUCAGAAUGCGGUAAGCGCGCAGGGCGAAACCUUGACGCCAUCGACACUAUGCAAGAGAGCAUUCGCAAGGCUGGGUUUGUCGAAGUGCAGGAGCAGUCUUACAAAUGGCCUAUCGGUCCCUGGGCGCGCGAUCAGAAAUACAAGGAGGCUGGCACUGUAAACUACCAGCACUGGCUGUCUGGUAUGGAGGGAUGGUGCAUGUGGUUGCUGACGAAAUUCGGAUCUCCUGAACCCUGGACGAAGGAGGACGUUCAGGUCUAUAACGCCAAGCUGCGCGCUGAGCUCAAGAACCCGCAUUUUCACGUCUAUCAAAGAGCGCGACGGGUAUGGGCGCGCAAGCCCAUGGCGGGUGAACUUCCAGGCAAGACCCCGGAGAAAGCGAUCAAGGUCGAGGAUGAAUGA